AUGAAUUCAGAAUGGCAAUAGAUGUUGAUUGAAGAUUUGAAUGCUAAAUUGCUCCAACGUGCAGAAUUGAUAGGACAUUACGAAGAACUUGAAGAAUUGUUGGAGUUUCACAAAGCCAAUAGUACUUUCGAAUAUGGUUUUGCGAUUAAAAUUGAAUAGUUGGAUAAGGAGAUUCAAAACAAUUUUUCUUCGGAUCAAAAGGCUAAGAGUUUGAUAAAGGAAAGAGAAACUUUGUAUUAAGAGCUGAACAAACGAAUGGAGGAGCAGACUCUCCAGGUUUUUGAAUAAUAUAUUGCUAAUUGGAGUAAUUGUAUUGGUUAAAUUAAGUCAGUGAUUUUAAGGGGUUUAGAGUAAUACAUGGAGAGGAGAAGUAUCAACAACUACUACUGGAAUAGUAGAAGCAGAUAAAAGGAAUGAUAUACACACAGUACAAUAAAAAGAUAUAAGGCAUUACUUAAAUUUAUAAACAAUUCAACUAAAUAGACUAAGCCAUACAAUACAAUAUGUCCUAUGUGGACAACGAUUUGUCCAAUCAAAUAAAUUAGUAUUAAAAUAAGUCAAAUCAAUCCAUGCUUUAAAAGAAGGACGACACUCUCCAAUUGUCAUAAAUGUAAUCUAAUUUUAUUAUUAUUUAAAGAAUUCAACAAAUAGAGUUCACAAAAUAAAUUGCAAAUUUAUAAUAAGAUGACUCAUUGAUAUAGCAUAUGGAUGAAUUCAAUAUCAUCAUGACCAAAUCCUCUCAUCCCAUCAAACUGCAAACCAUAUAUGAAGAAUAACAAUAAAAUAACAAUCCUCCUAUCAGGCAGCAUCAUCAUAGCAAAACUAUAUUUAGUCAUAAGCAUUCUACUGCUCAAGUCAGUCCUCAGAUGUCAAAGUCAUACUUUAUAAGAGAGACUCCUUUAAAGAAAUCUCUAACCAAAGGGACCUUGCUACUCAAGAAGUUCUCAAAUAAACCAUCAAAAAGGGAAUUUGAUGUGUUUUAACAUCAAAAUCCUACUUAAUUGGGUUAUGGUCUAAGGAUGGCAUAGUUGACUUAGGAUAGAAUUGAAUUCAGAAAUCAAUUGAAACCGUAGAUUAUAGAUUCAUCAUUGCCUCUCUCUCAGAUUCUUAGAGUGAUCAUUCCAAAAUAAGUUCAAGGGUAUCUGAAAAGAAGACCGAGCAAAGUAUAGGAGAAGGAAAACAAUGUUCCAAGUCUCUCUUAUUGGCCUAUGCAAAUUCUCACGUUGAAUCAGGGUCAAAUUGAUCUACUGUUCCAUUCCUAAGAUCACAUGAUGGAUUGGUAUAAUGGUUUAGUGAACGUAAAAAAUAUUAAUUAAUGAAAUAUUUGAAAUUAUUUACUCUUAUUUCAAUUACAUUAGGCUCUUCGAUUCAUAAGCAUAUAAAUCAUCUUCGUUCAGGUUCAGGACCAUUGGAUACACAAUUAUUUGUUGUUGGAUUGGUAUGCAUAUCAUUCUCAAUUCUCUUAUUGUGGUUCAAUGAAAGAAGGGCGGCGAUCAAUUCAUAUAGGCUUUAAUUUGCCAGAUAACAUUGCAUCUCUUUAACACCUUUUUAAGAAUCAAAUCCAACAGAUUUAAUACACAUCACAGGUCAAUUAAUGACUGAUGAAUUGAUUACAGACAAGGAUUUUGGAGUUUCAUAAAUAAAUUGUGUAAAAUUGCAUCGAUAUGUGGAAAUGUACUAAUGGGUCAAAGGAGAUUAAAAAUAAUACGAGCAGAAAUGGGUGGACCAUCAUGUUGAGAAUCAUUUUGGAUAUAAUAAUGAUAAAUCGAAAUGGGUUUUGAAAGCAUAAACAUUUCUAAAUUAAUGUGUUAAAUUACAUUAAUUUAUCUUGGAAGAAGACAUGAUGAAAGAACUCAACACUCCACUCUAGAAUGUCAAAUUUAAUUAAGCAAAUGUGCAGAUUGUCUAAUAGAAAUAUAAAGAUAGUGGAUUUAGUAGAUUGUAAAUUUGUAUUACUAUAAAGUUUACUAUAAGAUGACUACAUCUACAUGCAUUAGGUUGAUGAUCAAAUAGUAAAUGGAGAUUUGAGAAUAAGUUUCAAGUAAGUAAUUUGUAGUGAUGCCACAAUAAUAGCUAGAGGGGACACUAAUAAACUAGUAGUUUGGUAAUUUGAAGAUACUUUUAAUAAAACAGUAGCUAGAGAUUACGAUGCACAUGAAAGAACUUGCUGUAAUCUCCCUGUUCCUAAUGAUAGCAAGCCAAUCAAAGAUAUUUAUUGGGUAUUUUAGGGUCUCUUUACUCCUGAAGAAUGCUUUUCAAAAGUGGUUAAUGAAAAUGCCUUGCUCUUUUGGAUAUUCAGAAGUAUUGGAUACAUUUUAAUAGUAAAUAUCAAUUACAUUCAUAUUUAGGCGAUUGGAACUAUCAUUUUAUUAUCUCCAGUAUCAUUUCUAACAGACUUCAUUCCAACUGAAAAACUAACUGGUUUGAGUUUCUUUAUUUUUGGUUGCAUAGCUGCAGUGCCUAUCACAAUCUUUUCUAUUUGCUUUUCUUGGGUAUACUAUCGCCCAAAGAUUGGAUUUUUAAUGCUAUUAAUAUCUAUAAUUUUAGGAGGAGGCAUUUUUUAUUAUGCUUACAAAAAUCAAUGAUUAGGCUUAAUUUUGGAAUAGAAUGAUAUAAAUAUUAUAAUAUUGUAAUGG